UACGAGUAAAAUUGUUAUGGUUUUUGGUAUGGCGCAAAACCGCCAUUGCUCUUGAUUUUCUCUCUCAUUCAAACCCUAAACCUAGUUUUACUCAUCAAUUCUUCAAUUGCAAUUCCCAAUUUUCUGAAGAUCAUCAAAUUCAAAUUCGGAGUGAUACAGAUUAAUUGAUGGAGACUCAGAUGUCGUAUAGUUUGUUCGACAGACGACCAAUUGUAAAAUCCAAAACACCAGCUUUGAAAUGGGUUAAAGAAUGGGUUCCUCAAGAUGUUGUGGCUACUGGAGGGAAAUGCUAUCUUCUAAAAUGGAUUACAGAGGAUGCCUUGAAGGCUUUGAAAGAGAAGGCAAAAGAACCAGAGGCACCAGAACCAGAGCCUGAACCAACAACGGAGGUUCUUUUCCUUUGUAGCUAUGAAGGUUGUGGAAAGACUUUUAUUGAUGCUGGGGCUUUGAGAAAACACUCUCAUAUCCAUGGAGAGAGGCAAUAUGUUUGUCACUACGAGGGGUGUGGAAAGAAAUUUUUGGAUAGUUCAAAGUUAAAGAGACAUUUUCUUAUUCAUACCGGUGAAAGAGAUUUCGUAUGUCCCCACGAGGGAUGUGGUAAGGCUUUUUCCUUGGAUUUCAAUUUGAGAUCCCAUAUGAAAACGCAUUCCCAAGAAAAUUAUCACAUCUGUCCGUAUUCUGACUGUGGAAAGCGAUAUGCUCAUGAAUAUAAACUUAAAAAUCAUAUUGCAUCUCACCAUGAAAAGAAUUCAGCUGAAGUCGUAAAAUACACCCCGCCCUUUGAGAAACCUGUAAAAACUCCCAAGCCUGCUAGUGCAGCGUAUUCCGCAUCCUCAGAUAGGCCUUUUACUUGCCCUUAUGAAGGAUGUGAUAAGGCCUACAUUCACGAGUAUAAGUUGAACCUCCAUUUGAGGAGAGAACAUCCUGGCCACUAUGCAGAAGAAAAUGCUAAGACUCCACAGCCUAACAAUGUUGAUAAUGAGAUGGAUGAAGCCAGUGACCAAGAUGCUUAUGCCUACAAACGCUCAACUGGAAAGAAUUUGAAACAGAGUAGACCUAAGCCAAACAUAAAAUUACCGCCGUCAAAGAUGACACAGCGUAAAAGUUCUGGUAUUUCUCCUGCUAACGUGAGUAUGAUUAAAAAACCUUGGCCAAUUAAAGGGGACAUGUAUGAGGAAGAAGACAGUGAAGAAACAGAAGAAGAUCGUGAUAAUGGUGAAGAUGGAUUGAGGUAUCGGGAAAAUAACGAGGAUGACGAUGAGGAGACGGACGAGGAUUAACUGUCAAAUUAAUGCAACAUGUAAUUGCAACCUUUCUGUGUUGCUCAGCUCUCUAUGGUUUAACUGUAAAAAUGGCGGCUUCUGGAAAACUUAGGUGUUUGAUUGCAUCUUCAUAGCUAAUAUUGAUCAUCUAAUCAAUCUCUUUUUCGUUUCCGGUGAAAGUUUAGCUAAAAAAAAAAUACAAAUGGGAAAGAUGUAUCAACUUGAUUUUACCUAGGCUAUAUUUCAGUUUACCUUGUUUGACUUAUUGCCUA